CACCAAUCCACUACUCCAACCAACGUCCAUCAUCAAGCCGAACCCACUCUAAGAUUUGGCCAUCACAACCAUCGACGACAGAAAUUCGCCCAGCGCCCAUAGGUCUUUUACUGCGAAAGACUUCUCCCGGAUCCCAAUACCCCUUUGGAUUUCUGAGAGUAGUGGAACAAAUCAACCAAGAUGCCUUCUGAAGCAGGUCACAGAUUAUACGUCAAGGGACGUCACCUAAGCUACCAACGUAGCCGACACACCACCCACCCUAAGACGAGUCUGAUCAAGAUCGAGGGUGUCGAUGACACCAACGCUGCCAACUUCUACCUUGGCAAGAAGAUCGCAUACGUCUACAAGGGCCAGAAGGAGAUCCGAGGAACCAAGAUCCGCGUGAUCUGGGGCAAGGUCACCAGGCCUCACGGCAACUCCGGUGUUGUCCGAGCCAAGUUCGCCACCCCUCUUCCUUCCAAGUCUUUCGGCGCGUCUGUUCGUAUCAUGCUUUACCCCUCGUCGAUAUAAGAUGGGUUAGGGCCGGAGUUGGUAGUGUGGAACGGUUCUCAUGAUUGGCUGCAUAUGGGUUAGGCAAGGUAUAAGGCUUAAGCCUUGCGUCUAGCAUCGACAAAUCAAGAAAGAAUACCAAAAAGAAUUGCGCGGGACGUUGCGGUGAAUUGCUAAUUUGACACGAUCUUCACAUCAUGAGGGAACGAUCUUCCGAUCCGCUAUUGCUGGGGACGAUUACCUCGGACUUCUCAGAUAAUACCUCGAUUAUCCAACGAUCUCCUGAGGGAAAGUCCCAGGCCGGGUGGCAUCGACGAUUGAACUCGAAAGAUGAAAUAGAAGAUCAGGAUACUGGUGGCAUACCCAAUACAGAGGCACUCUUCUCAUAUUUACACGAAAUUAUGAAAAAGUGAUGAACAAAA